AUGGCGGCAGCGGCAGGAGCAGGCGCCUCGGCGGGCGACACAACGUGCGGCGGCGGCGAGCAGGCGGUCGCGGCCUUCGAGACCCCCAUCUUCGUAGCAGGGACGCCAUGCGCCUUCUCCCCUCAGGAGCGGCGCUUGCUGGCGCUCUCCGGGCCGGACGGGCGGCUCCGCGUGUGGGAGACGGCCAGCAGCCGCCUGCACCACGAGUACGUGCCCUCUGCCCACCUCAGCGCCGCCUGUACCUGCUUGGCCUGGGCGCCGCCGGGCGCCGGAGGAGGCCGCCCGUCUCCCAGCAAGGAAGGCCCUCAGAGAAAGAAGAGGAAAUCUGAAGUGGUCGAAGCAGGUGAACAGUUAGAUCUUUUGGCUAUUGGUACUGCAAUUGGCAGCAUUUUAUUAUACAGCACAGUAAAAGGAGAAUUACAGAGCAAACUAAGUGGCCAUGACAAUAAAAUAAACUGUGUACGGUGGCACCAGGACAACGGUUGCUUGUAUAGUUGUUCAGAUGACAAACACAUUGUGGAAUGGAACACACAGACAUGCAAAGUGAAAUGCAAAUGGAAAGGAGAUAACAGCAGUGUGAGCUCACUCUGCAUCAGUCCUGAUGGAAAGAUGCUUCUUUCAGCUGGUCGAUCUAUCAAAUUGUGGGACCUAGAGACCAAAGAAGUCUACAGACAUUUUACAGGUCAUGCUACAGCAGUUUCAACGCUUAUGUUUAUCACAGUACGGCCUCCCAAUGAAAACCAGCCCUUUGAUGGAAUUACAGGGCUCUAUUUCUUAUCUGGAGCAAUGCAUGACCGGUUACUCAGUGUAUGGCAGGUGAGAUCAGACAGGAAAGAAAAGAAUACUGUAAUGAGUUUCACAGUUACAGAUGAACCCAUCCAUAUUGAUCUGACAAUAUCAGAAAGCAAAGAGGAGCCAGUGAAGAUAGCUGUUGUAUGCAGAGAUGGCCAGUUGCACUUAUUUGAACAAGUCUUGAAUGGAUACCGCAAAAAGCCCUUGACAUCAAAAUGUACAAUCCAGAUGGCAACACCUGGAGAGGGCAUCGAUUCCACACCAAAGCCAGUCCCUAUUUUAGCAGCUGCCUUUUGUUCAGAUAAGGAAUCUUUGCUACUUGUGUAUGGAAACUCCUUACAGCCUGUCCUUGAGAGAGUGUCUUUGAAUACUACAGAAUCACACGUGUGCUUAGUAAGGGACAUUCAGAAGACCCUGACACUUAAAACAGAAAUGGCUGUAACAAAGGUGAAAACUCCGGUAGUCAAUUCAGAAGUCAAAACACUAGUGCCUGGGAUUCCUGGACAUAGUGCUACUAUCAAAACUUCAUCUUGCAGAGAAAAAAUUGAAACUAAAAGGAAGCCAGGUGGCAAAGAGGAGAGCAUUGAAGACCGCCUUGGUGCAAUGGAUAUUGAUGUAAUGAAAGUGAAACAAUCACCAGGAGGCCUUCCACAGACUGACAACUUUGCAGUACUUCUAGUUCAAGGUUUGGAAAGCAGUGAUCCUGACAUUUUAAAUAAAGUGCUUCAAACCAAAAAAGAAGCAUUAAUAAAGAAAACAGUAGCCAGAAUGCCUGUGCAUGCUGUCAUUCCACUGCUGCAUGAGCUCACAAAAAGACUGCAAGGUCAUCCAUAUAGUGCCUCACAAAUGGUUCGAUGGCUAAAGUCUGUUUUAACUGUACACGCAUCCUACCUUUCAACGUUGCCAGAUCUCAUUCCCCAGCUAGGAAUGCUGUAUCAGUUAAUGGAGAGCAGAGUGAAGACUUUGCAGAAACUCUCUCGCUUGCAUGGGAAACUCUAUCUUAUUAUCACUCAGGUUGCUGCAUUGGAACAGGCUCAGGAUGUACCUGAUGUUGACCAGACUGCAAAGCUGGUGUAUGAAGAAGAAUCAUCAGAGGAAGGUUCAGAUGAUGAAAUGGCUGCAGAAAGAGAUUCAGAUGAGAACUGGGAUGAAGAUGAUGAGAAAGAGGAAGGUGAGGAGAACAAUGAGAGAGAUGAGCUAUCAGACGAUGAGCAAGAAAUGGCUGUAGAAAAAGAAAUCAAUGGAGAAUCAGAUUUGGACCCAGAAAAUGAAAGUGAAGAAGAAUAACGCAUACUUUAAAAGAAACGAAGCCUAUUUGAGCUGGCCACCAAAACUUUUAAUUUCUGGAUUGCCAUGCUGAAAGCCGCUUGCAUCACACAAGGCAGUGCAGAUUUGAUAUCUGACCAAUGUGUAUGACACCAGAUUGGAAUGCUGUAUUUCCAAGCCCAGAAUGUGUAACAAUGCCAGCCUUCCUAGUUCCACUGUAUACUUCCCGGGAUCACAAUGAAACACUUUCCUUCUACCUAGUAGGCAAAUUAUCCUUAUUAUCUGGAUAUUCAUUUUGCAUCUCAAUUGAAAUAAUUUACCAAGGCCCUUUGGAUGAUUAAACCUGUUGACGCUUUCUUUUAUGAGUUCCAAUUUCUGAUGGAUUGAAGACCACUCUGUAUCUUCUUACUUUAGUUAAAUACUUUUCCAGUUGGCAUCUUGCUACAUUUUUUGGAAGAGAAUAAAUAUUUUUGUAAGAUGUAAAACCUUACUGUUGAAUUUCUUAAUAGUUCUGCCUCUUCUCUCCCUGCUGACAUCCGUUUCCUCAUAACAGAGUUCAUGCCUUGGCAAUUAUAAUGCCAACCAGGUUGAAAGCAGCAUUUUCUUUUUAAAACCAAACUGACUUUUUAUAUAUGUGUGUGUAAAUCAGUCACUUUCCUUGUACUUAAAAAGAAAAAUAGAUUCAUUCAUGGCUCCUAACUUUUUUUUUGUUUUAAUUGAGAUUGUAUAUAAGAUUAAUACUGAUCCAGAGAAAGGGUCCUGAACCGUGCUCAUCUUUGAAGGAGUAUGGAUUAAAAAACAAUAAUGAAAUGGGAGGGCAAAUGCUUGUGAAUAAUGUAACACAAAGCAUAUACAUUUAUCGUGAAUUUUUAAUCUUAGGGGCAGAACAGGGGUUGCUAUUAGCUCAGUUAAGCUGAAGUGGUAUAAACAAUUUUUAAGAGCAAAAUUGGGUAAAGGUUUUGAGCCAUUCACUGGUAUAAUGUACAGUUAUAUUUGUCUAUAAUUGGAGCUGUUGCAACCAAAUACUGCCCUCCUUUGUAAAGUGAAUAAAUAUACAUUGCCUUUA